AUGUCUGCGGCGCAGGGGCUUUUGAACAGCGUCUUUUCCUGCUCCUCUCCGGCAUCCAAGGUCAUGACCAAACAGAAGCUACGGCAAACGAGAAGCUUGGACCCCGCUAUCAUCAGACAAUGCGGCACCGGGACCGAAGUCGCAAGUGGGGCGCCGAGCGUCCAGUUGACGGAGGCAGGUGCGUCCUCCACCCAUACUUUAACGCCGAGAGAACCCAUCGGGCCGUCUGUCUCCUCUCCCUCCAUUCCCUUGGACGUGUCUCCGACAUCCAGUUUUCUCUUUGAUUACGAGUUGAAGCGUUCCAAACGGAGCACGACGUCCGGGAGUACCGGGGCGAUCUUCUCGCCUCGGAGAUGGCUCCUCCAGAGGAGGAACCAGACGCCGAGCUCGCAUGCGGACGUUGCCUGGAAGUCAGAGGGUGACUUCACCUGGAGCAGCCUGUCUGGACAAAGUGUGCGUCUGACUCCAGUUGCCAUCCAGAGCCUGUCUGAGUUGGAGAGGGCCCGGCUCCAAGAAGUAGCCUACGCCCGCUUGCACCAAGAUUAUGAUGUCGGUUGCCAGAUUACCGUACCAAAAGAUGGACAGAAGAGGAAAAAGUCACUGAGGAGAAAGCUGGAUUCUUUAUCCAAGGAGAAGAGCAAAGACAGAGAGGGUGUCCCUCAAGCCUUCAGUAUACCCAUCUCGCAGGUCAUCGCGAACGACAGGACGCAUCGGCAGCGUCAGGACAGCUACCGUCACGAUCUGCCGCAACGAGAAGAACACAAGGACUCGUCCGAUCUCGUCUCCUCCAUUCUCCAGUUUGCGACGAAGCGAUCGUCGAAUAAAGAGCUUUCGAGCAGUAACUCUUCAUUGAGCUCCACCUCGGAGACGGCCAACGAGUCGACGUCGCCGAACACGCCCGAAGCCGCGCCGCGGGUCCGCAGACGGGGCGGCAUGUCGGUGGAUUCGAUUACGGAUCUGGACGACAACCAAUCCCGCCUGCUGGAGGCGCUGCAGCUCUCCCUGCCUGCCGAGACGCCCAGUAAGAAGGAGAAGCACAGGGAUAAGCGACUGAGUCUCAACCCUAUAUAUCGCCAGGUGCCCCGAGUGGUAGACAGCUGUUGUCAUCACAUUGAGAAAUAUGGUUUGCAGACAGUGGGGAUUUUCAGGGUGGGAAGUUCCAAGAAAAGAGUUCGACAGUUACGAGAGGAGUUUGACCGUGGCGUUGAUGUCCAUUUAGACGAGGAGCACAGCGUUCACGAUGUCGCUGCCUUGUUGAAGGAGUUCCUCAGGGACAUGCCUGACCCGCUUCUCACCAAGGAACUCUAUACUGCCUUCAUAAACACUACGUUGUUGGACCCAGAGGAGCAGCAAAGUGUCAUGCAGCUUCUGGUUUACCUGCUCCCCGCAUCAAAUAGCGACACACUUCAACGCCUCUUGGAGUUCCUGUCCACCGUGGCAGACCACGCCCAUGACCGGCAGAACAAAGACGGACAGGAGAUCACGGGGAACAAGAUGACUUCCUUAAACUUGGCCACCAUCUUCGGUCCCAACCUUCUCCAUAAGCUCAAAUCUUCCGACAAGGAGUUCAGCGUCCAGAGCUCGGCCCGGGCGGAGGAGAGCACGGCCGUCAUCGCCGCACUACAGAAGAUGAUCGCCGGCUACCAGACCCUCUUCAUGGUCCCACCUGACCUGCAAAAUGAAGUUUUGAUGAGCCUACUGGAGACAGAUCCCGAUGUGGUGGACUACCUCCUCAGACGGAAAGCGUCACAGAGUAGCGAUUUGCUCCAGUCUGAGGAAACUUUCACCCUGAACGAAUGCCACUCGUCCAGCGACUCCAACAAAGCGUCCAGCGGGGAGGUCUCCCCGUAUGAUAACAACUCUCCUGUCUUGAGCGAACGGAGAGGGGAGGCGGGGAAAACGAGCACUUCGUUGAUGGGGCAGGUGGCGGGACGGGCAGGGGAGUCUCCGACUGACGGCAGGGUAGGACCAGACUGUAUAUCGGAGGAACACGCUAACAUUUGGGGGACGUGGCACACAACUCUCAAACCGGCAUUCAAGGAUCAAACCAAUGCAGGUUCCCAUGGCAACGUGUCUGAGGGAAGCUCCCGCAGCUCGCUGGAAGGACUUGACGGAUUCCCCGCCGAUAGACACCACAUGACGACACCGCCGCCGACGAGGACACUAUCCGGCGUGGCUGAGUGCAGCUCCCACCCACCGGUGACCCGCGUGUGCACCAGCCUUCACCCACAGCCGCCCGUCAACCGCUCGGCGCCGGCCGCCCGCUCCGCGUCGGAAUGGAAAGGCUGGGCGAACGCUAACCAGAGCGGCCGCUCCCCUCCCCCUUAUAACGCCCGCCACCGUCUGGCCGCUUGUCAGAGUUCACCUCAGCAGCGGCAAAAGCCAAGUGGCGAGCAUCAAAACUCAGACGGGCCCCCGAAUCCGCACGGUCCCGAGUGGCAGAACUGGCAGAGGGACCGCUGGCAAAUAUGGCAGCUGCUAUCCUCAGACAGCGCAGACUCACUACCGGAGACGCUGGUGUGA